ACGUGUUUACUUCAGCGACCGUAUUUGCUUAGGGUCUUUUCUUUGCUGAUAACGUUUUAUUCAUCUCGUGGUAUCGAAAUGGAACGUCGAUGGUUUCCGUUGUUCGGCAGGGUGGUUGCAAGUAGUUCUUUAUUAUUGCUAGUUUAUGGGGUUACGAGCGAGAAUGUUCAGCUAAAGUAUGAUGAAAACUCGAGACAAGUGUCCUUCUACAGCGCGACCCCGGACGAUGCGUGGCUAUAUGGUCACGUGUUUGAAACAUAUGCUGGUUGUCAAGGUCAGGAUAUAGAUACCGCCGCUACAAACUGUAUACCGGAAGUAUUUUCAACUACCCUAAAUACAAAUGCAUACAAAACAGAUUGUAUGAAUGUGAAUUUGAGCCCCUCUAAGCCGGGAAUACAUGCUGGUGUAUGUCUUGACGUUGGAUUAGGGUUAUGGUACGGUGGCAGCGAGUUGCAGUACCAGAGAUGGCCAUACCGCGACCUCACAUUACCCUGGCAACCGUAUGUAUCCAACGACAUUGUGCCAUUGAACAUGUCGGUUGGGAAUGUUCUGGAACGAUACUGGUUGAGCUCCAAAGGAGUUGGCAUAUUUAUUCCCGAAACCAGUCCCGUGUACUUCAAACAUCUACGUAAAAAUAACGAUACUAACAUAUCGGACGAACUAUGUUUCCUUGGAGCAAACGAUUUAAAUAUUCGUGGAUUUGUAAACAAACCUGUGACUCUUGACAUACUUGUCUGUAAAACCGAGAACAUACUACUAACUCACAAACUGAUGACUUCAGAGUUCUUUCCGCGCCCCGUUGGGCAGCCGGAUGCCAGGAUGUUCAAAUCGCCAAUCUGGUCGACAUGGGCCAAGUUUAAGGUUGAUAUAGAUCAGGAAAAGGUUCUAACGUACGCAGAAGAAAUUAUUGAGCAUGGUUUCUCCAACUCUCAAAUUGAAAUAGAUGACAUGUUUUCUACGCAUUACGGAGAGUUCGACUUUAGUCCGGCGAAAUUUCCAAAGCCAGAACACAUGGUAGCCACUCUGAAAAGAAAGGGGUUCCGUGUAACGGUAUGGGUGACCCCAUUCGCCAACACUGAUUCUCCUUCGUUCGCGGAAGGCAUGGUUGGCGGCUACUGGUUAACGGACGCGGACGGACAGGCGCCGGCCCUGGUCAAGUGGUGGCAGGGGAUAGGCGGAACCCUGGAUGUGGAGAACGAAGAGGCGGUUGAUUGGUUCGUAUCCCGUCUGGAGCAAAUGAAACGCAAGUACGGAGUUGACUCGUUUAAGUUUGAUGCGGGUGAGGUGACGUACGUGCCCGCGUUCCAACGCCAUAUGUGGGCGUGGCCAGACCCGACACGUUACACCACCAAGUACGUACAGGCCGUCGCUAGGCUCGGACACAUGAUUGAGGUGCGCUGCGGGUACCGAAGCCAGAGUUUCCCGGUGUUUGUUCGGAUGGGGGACAAGGAAUCUCGGUGGGGAUGGGACAACGGGCUGCGGUCUUUGGUUCCCACCGUCCUCACCAUGGGUAUCCUAGGAUACCCCUACAUCCUUCCAGAUAUGAUCGGUGGCAACGGGUAUGACUACGAUGCCGCAGAUGGAACAAAUCCGUUCACGACAACCGAACUUCCGGAUCGGGAGCUAUACAUCCGAUGGCUAGAGGUGACGGCUUACCUGCCCGCUAUGCAGUUUUCCUUUGUGCCAUGGCAGUACGACGCAGAAGUGGUCCGCAUCGCUCGGAAAUAUGUGCAGAUUCACGAAGACGUCGUCACACCCAUCGUCCUGAGGGAGGCGAAAGAGGCACAGGAGACAGGUUAUCCGAUCAUACGGCCGCUAUGGUGGUUAGCUCCUGACGAUCUUGACGCCCUGGAGUGCGAGGACGAGUUCGUUGUUGGCGACUUGCUACUGGUGGCCCCGGUGGUGGAGUGCGGGGCCCGGACACGUAACGUUUACCUGCCCCCGGGGGUCUGGGAGGACGAGGGGAGCGGGGAGACCGUGCAGGGAGGGUUAUGGCUCCGGGAAUACUCUGUACCUUUGGACCAUGUACCUACAUUUAGAUUGAUUAAACAUGUGUGAAUAUCCAAAAUAAACUCCUCAUAAACGCUUGCCCUUACCAUCAAUUAUUAAGACAUGUUUUAAAUGUAGUGUAUUUUCCAUUCGAAUGGUUAAUGCAAUGUGAUGGAUAUUGAUAACGCUUGAAUUAUACCUGCACUAAGUAAGUUUGUAUCACACUUGCAAGCAUUUCCAUAACUUGGGAGAAACUGUCCAAUGAAAAUAAGGCAAAAUGAUGUUUUAACGGUAUCAACUGUGAAUAAGAUUAAGAACGUAACGUCAAAAGGCCAGUCUAACUAGAAAACCAUCACACAUAAUCGAGUGAAAUUUCGCAUAUUAUUAUUAAAAUGUUCGCAUCUAAAUUUAUUUCAUGUCCAUGCAAUUAGAAGUAAAAUGUGCAUCCGCCCGUGUAUAUAUAUAAUCUAUUUUUGAACGGCAGAUUAUUAAUAAAUCUUUUAAUUGACAUUUUCCAUGAAAAACAACAACGAAGAAGACGUGUAACAUAUGAACGUGCGAAGAACACGACAAAAACAUUAUUUUAGCGCGAAAUUACGACUGCUUUAUCAGCAGAUAUGACGUCAUUAUUCCAACUUAUUCCAAAAGUGUUAGUGUUUUUCGAUUCCUUUCGGCUGAACUUGAAAUACGUUUUCUAAUAGUUUCGGGUAUAUUGUUUAGUUAGUCUGGAUAAGAUUACCGGUUUAAAAAGUCUUCAUGUCUUCAAAGCGUCGAAUUUCACGUGCAAAUGUUGUUAUUGUGUUUUUCCAAUAAAAUCGACAUUUUCAUGAUGAAUUUAACAAAACUGACGUUUUCAUCAUAAAUCAGGAACACAGCAAAAAUAUGAUGUUUUAAUUGAAAA